AUGAGGCAAAUCGGGGAGAUUUUGAUCAAUGGUAAAAAGCAACCUUUGACUUAUGGAACCUCAGCAUAUGUCACACAAGAUGAUACCUUAUUGACAACCUUAACGGUUGGAGAAGCAGUGCACUAUUCAGCUCAGCUCCAAUUACCUGACACCAUGUCAAAAGAAGAGAAGAAAGAGAUAGCAGACUUUACAAUCAGAGAAAUGGGUCUUCAAGAUGCCAUUAACACAAGGAUUGGAGGAUGGGGUUGUAAAGGGAUUAGUGGGGGUCAGAAGCGGCGAGUCAGCAUCUGCAUUGAGAUCCUAACACGCCCUAAACUUCUGUUUCUUGAUGAACCAACUAGUGGACUAGACAGUGCAGCUUCAUAUUAUGUCAUGAGAAGAAUCGCUUCCCUUGCUCAAAAUGACCACAUUCAGAGGACUGUUAUUGCAUCAAUCCAUCAACCCAGUACUGAAGUUUUUCAACUCUUCAAUAACCUUUGUCUUUUGUCUUCAGGAAAAACAGUUUACUUUGGACCUGCUUCUGCUGCAAGUGAGUUUUUCGCUUCGAAUGGCUUUCCUUGUCCUCCUCUCAUGAAUCCAUCUGAUCAUUUACUGAAAACUAUAAACAAGGAUUUCGAUCAGGACAUUGAGGUGGGUUUAGCUGGAACUAGAAACAUACCCACAGAAGAAGUAAUCCACAUUCUUGUGAACUCAUACAAAUCAUGUGAAAGGAAUCAAGAAGUUCAAAAUGAAGUAGCUUUACUAUCUAAGAAGGUAAUUACCCUCAAUGCUUCUAUUCUAAUAGAUGCUAACAUUGCAGAUGCCUAUGUUAACAUGAACAUUGAUUGGUUCCAGGACACCAGUUCAUUGGAUAUUAAGAGAGGGCAUGCGGGUUUCCUUAAUCAAUGCUCAGUUCUUACCAAAAGAUCUUUUGUGAACAUGUAUCGUGAUCUUGGUUAUUAUUGGCUUCGAUUAGCCAUAUACGUUGCAUUGGCUAUAAGUUUAGCCACUAUUUUCUAUAAUUUGGGCACAAGUUAUGACUCAAUUAAGGAUCGAGGUUCGCUUGUUGCAUAUAUAAACGGAUUCUUGACAUUCAUGACCAUUGGUGGAUUCCCUUCCUUCGUGGAAGUCAUGAAGGUAUUUCAAAGAGAAAGACAAAACGGACAUUAUGGUGUCACUGCAUUUGUGAUUGGAAACACCUUGUCAUGUAUCCCAUACUUGCUAUUGGUUGCAUUCAUUCCUGGGGUUAUAUCUUAUUUCCUUCCAGGUCUUCAGGUUGGAUGGGAUCACUUUGUGUAUUUCGUUUGUGUCUUAUUUUCAAGUCUCAUGUUAGUGGAGAGCCUUAUGAUGAUAGUUGCAAGCAUUGUUCCCAACUAUCUAAUGGGCAUCAUAACUGGUGCUGGAAUUCAAGGAAUCAUGAUUUUAGUCUCUGGGUUCUUUAAGUUGCCAAACGAUAUUCCCAAGCCAGUUUGGAAAUACCCUUUACACUAUGUUGCUUUUCAUACCUUUGCCAACCAAGGAAUGUUCAAGAACGAAUAUGAAGGACUAAGAUUUGUUACCAAUGAUGGAAGAAGCUCACACGGUCACAUAAAUGGUGAAGAAGUCUUGAGAAAUAUAUGGCAAGUUGACAUGAGUUACUCAAAGUGGGUUGAUCUUGCAAUCUUGGCAGGGAUGAUUGUUGUAUAUCGAGUUUUAUUUUUGGUUAUUAUCAAGAUUAAAGAGAAGGUGAAGCCAAUUGUUGCAUCACUAUCGUGCAUGUCAGCGUCUCCCAAGAGAUCAAUACAAGUCAUGGAAAACCCCAAUGCCACUCCAUUACAUUGA